AUGGCCUGCAACGACCUCUGCUGCCCCUGCGGCCCCGCCCCGCUGGCCAACAGCUGCAACGCGCCCUGUGUCAGGCAGUGCGAGGGCGCCCAGGGAGUGCCCGUCUCCUCUGGGGGCUUUGGCUAUGGCCUUGGCUAUGGCUUUGGCGGCCUGGGCUGCUAUGGCAGCAGAAGAGCCUGUUACCCCUGCUAA